GGGGAAUCUCAUCCAUCAUUGAUUACUCUUGUUUCUCCUCUGUCUAGCUUAUCAGUUCCUACCGUUUACAGGAUACUACCCAUCACUCAUCAUGUAUGAAUCCUAUCGCCCUCAUCCCCUACUGGCUCAGGUCCCCUUGACCGUUUCCCCCUUCAUCAACCUCCCCACUUCCGUCACUCUUCCCUACACCUACAAGUCCGUUCCCUCGACCAUCCCCCCUUCAGUAACAGUCGACCCAAGUAACCCCGAUGUCAAACCCCGCUACGUGGUUUCAUCCAGUGGCGAGCAUGCCGCCUCUCCAGAAGAGAUUCUAGCUUCCUGCAACGCCCUCGAGCAGCACCUGAACAAGACGCGCGCCGAUGCCGAGAAAGCAAUCCGGGGCUGGGAGGACUCAAUCACCCAGCGCGACCUCGCAGAGAAGCGACGUGUGGCUCCCGGAUGGCUUGACAGAGAUGAGAAACUACUUCAACCGAGCAACUCGGCCGCUGGCCCUAGAGGACAUAGCCAACCUCAACCCAGUUUAUUGGACAGCUCGUUCUCCGACCCCAGUGCGGCCGCAUUACCCUCCAUGGUACCGCGAGACGAAGGCGAAGAACUGGACAGAGCGUUUGGAGGGUUGGACGUGAAAUGAGAGCGGCGCGAACAUGUUCUGAAGUACAAUAUACCGGGAUAGCUUGGGUGAAGGCCAUGAACCGCGCCAUGGCCGCUGAAACCGCUGCAGGUGGAUGCUAUGGGCCCUUGCUUUGGCGGGGAUAGUAGCGCACUUCCUUCGUCGCAAGCCACGAUAAAGUUCAAGCUUGUGCGCCCCGUAUUCUGCAAGAGAUCACCAGUGCAGGGCGCUCUGCAUCUGAACCAGCUGAACUACGGCAGUGCGCGACCUGCGCCAACGAGAGCAACAGCCAUAUAACCAUCUGGUACCGCCGAGCAACUAGCUCAAACGAUCUCAUAAGAAACAAAUCUAGCAUCAAUCAUAAUAAUAUCACACAUUCCCAUUAAUCUUCCA